AUACAAAAUAAAUAUGAACAAAUCAAAGCGUCACCUAGUGAUCAGAAAAAUUUAAUUUAAUUUUUUAUUUUAUGUGAAAAUUAAAAGAGAAAGAUAUCCAGUUCUUUAUCUUAAAGAUUCGGAAAGAUAUCGCACAUUUGGAUUAAGCGAUAUGACAGUAAAAAUUCAUAUGUUUCACAUGAAUUUUUAUUUCACAAAAAUACUGCUCAGCCCAUUAAAAUCAAAUGUUGAAAGUGAUCGUUGAACAUCAGUGCCCUGAUGACCACUGGGAAACAUCAGGGGAAGAGAUCUCUUUAAAUGAAAUAAGGAUUCAGUCAACGCAUAUUGCGUUUCUUGAAGUGAAAAAAACUUCAAAUGGCAGUUCUUACGGAAUUACUUUUUUGUUUUUUUUUUUUUAUGGUGAAAAAGGUUAUAUUUAAGUUUGUACACAAACCAACAAGCAAUGAUCGCUGCCGAUCAUAUGAUACUUUCAUUAACAUCAUUGUGUGAUUGUUUUUUUUUUUAGAUACAAUUGACAUACGUAUUUAUCUGAUGUUCAUUUUCCUUUGAAAUAUCAGAAAAAAGGCGAAAUCUCUGGACCGUACCGUAAUUCUUUAUUAAGAGAGCUAUGCAGUUUUUUUAAAGAGCACUUGCUUUGCAUUUUAAAUUAUAAAUAAUUUUAAGUAAAUUCGAAAUUUUAUAAAAAAAAAAUUAAAAUUUUAUGCUAUUAAACACACACGCUUUUUUAUGCCGUUUGAAGAAGAAUAUGAAACAUUUCAAAGGAAACCAGAAUGGAAAGCUCGAAAACAAUCUAAUGUUAAUGAAUCUCAAGAAUAUAAAAAGGAAUUAGUCGAACAGGGGCGAUGCUUGUGUAGCUACUACAUACGAAAUCGUUUAAGAAGAGCAGGACUUCUGAAUAAAAAAGUUACACAAAGAUUACGGUUUCUCUUAGAGCCAUCUUCCGAUGUUGUGUACGACGUUUUUCCAGCUCUUAAUACUAUGGGAGAAGAACUUGAAAGAAUGCAUCCACGCUUAUAUUCAAAUGUCUCAAGGCAAUUAUCUAGAGCACCAUUCGGGGAAUUAGAAGAUUGUGAUACAGCGCCUAUGCUAUUAAAUUUAGUAGCGAAAGAAUUAUUAAAAAACAACAUAACAUGGGGGAAAAUAAUUUCAAUAUUCGCUAUAUGUGGUGGUUUUGGGAUUGAUUGUGUUCGGCAAGGUCAUUAUGAUUUUCUACAAUUUUUAAUUGAUGGUUUUACAGAACUGAUUGAAGAUGAUCUUUUGCUGUGGUUGAGUGAGAAUGGUGGAUGGAUAGGUUUAUUAAAACACAUAAGACAAAAAAAUACACAAUUUACAUUGUUGGGUUGGCUAACGAUAUUUGUUAUUUUUAACAUAAUGUUUUAUUUUAUCUCAAAUAUUGCCAAACAGAUUGGUUGCCAUUUGUAUUCCUCUUUGUUUUAAUUAUGUUAUAAAAAUAAAAAAAUUACAUUCUUAAUAUUAUUGGUUAUUCUAUAUUCCAGAUUUUUUAUUUAAUGUGGUUAGAAAGUAUAAACAAGAUGUUCAAAUAUUUUAUUUUAAAUACAAUAUUUUAAUAUGUUAAUGUUUUAAAAAGAAUUCCUAGCUAAUUUACAUAAGCAAAAUAUGCAUACAUACUAACAUUCUCUAUUGUUACAAUAUUAUUUUUUUUUUAAAGUGGUUUUGUUAUGAUUAAAUUUGAAUAUUGGAUUAUUUUUUAUAUAAGUUCGUAAUUGUUGUACUUACCACAGGUACCUCAAUGUUAUAAUUAUAAAAUUGUUUUUUUUUUUUUGUAGUUCAAAUUGUUUCGUUUAUAUUUAGAAAAUUAUAUUUAUUUGUUAAAUUUCAAAUACGAGCUUUAUUAAUAAAACACACUUGCAAAUU